UUUAUAUUAAUUUGGAAUACCACCAAACUACAUUCAACUUCUUCAUAAUUAUAUAAACUCUUGUUUUUUUAUAAAAAAAAUGCCUCUGAAGCUACUAGUUUUUAGUGUAAUUAUUAUUACAUUUUCACUAUUCUAUACAAUCUCUUGCGAUGAGAAAGGUGUAAAGUUUGAAUUUUAUGGCUUAAAAGAAUCUGAGUGGUUGAAACGUAAUAAAAAGUUUCUCAAAACUUUAAAUAAAUUCCUUAUUGAUUAUUGUAAUAAAAAAUCAAAGGCUUGUUUCGUACUUGAUAAGUAUGAAAUUGUGGAAAAGAAAUCAGGAUCUUUAUUUAUAACCUUCUUUUCACGAUCAAGGAUUGACGAAAAGUCUUUGUUCAAAGUUGUUAAAGAUAAACGUGAAGAAAUUGAAGAUACUAUUUAUGGUAACCGUAUCUUACAAGUUGGUUCUGAAACCUUGCCUUUACCGCCUAGAAAGGAGCUUAAUAUCAUAAUUGGUACUAUAUUUGUAUUUUUAACUCUCAUUUUAACUGGAAUUGGUGUCGGCAGCUUUAUUUAUGAUCAGAGAAAGUAUCGUAUAAUUAGUCAAAAAAGAAGACUUUCUAUUAAAGAGUCGGAAUUUAGACAAAGUACGUCGAGUCAAGGUGUAGGAAUACCAGGAAAUUAUAUGAAAUCCGUGGCUUUGGAACACUCAGCGCUGCCUCCAAUCCCUAAUAAACGUAGUUUAAUUAGCCACCCUACGCAUACGGUCUCCUUUAGCGUUUCUGAACCGUCCACAAAUGGAAGAAAAAGAGAAGAGGAUCGUAAAAAUCAAAUUGCUGUUAUAAGGAUAAGUGAUGAAGGAGUUUAUCACGUUCAUCCACCAACGACAAUAUCUAAUUAGAUAUAUCUUUCAUGGCUUUCUUAAUGCUUUUAACAAGUAAUGAUUGUUUUCUUGUAUUAGUUUUUUUUUUAUAACAUUACAAUUGUAUUUACAAAAAAAAUAACAUUAAUCAUUCUGAUGCUGUUUGAUUGUCUUUUUCCAUUUGUUUUAAUUCCAUAUCAAUUCGUUCUUUCGCUCUUACAACUUUUGAUUGUAAGUAUAAUGACCCACCCUUUGAUUUAUCAUUUACUUUAAAUAAAUGAUCGUAAUUUUUAUUCAAUGUUUCUAAAUCAUGAAUAUCCUUUAUAUUUAAUACUUGCAGCGCUUCUUGUACUGUUAUACCGCUAACCGAAUUGGCGGCGGCCUGUUGGGACGUCGACUUUGUUGAUCUGGCCUGUGCAGCUCUUUGAGAGUUUUGUAUUUCUUGUCUAAGAGCCCUAGUAAACGCCCUGCCCACAACUUGGGCUCCGGCAACGAUAACUUGAGCUAGAUAUUUUGCCUACACAUAGAAAACAUGUCAUAAAUGAACUUGAAACAUGUGCAGCAGGACCAAUGUAUAAAAUAAAUCAUCAAAUCAAAUUGAAUAAUCCUUCUAGUUAGAAGUAAUUACUCCUAUUUAAAAUAUACUUUAUCUAUAUGGCUAAUUCAUAAUUAAUCUCUGUAUACUUGAUCAAAAAACUUACCAUUUUUACUUUAUACUAAAUUUCUGCUAAAACGAUCACGUGUUCAACGUUAUUACUAAAUACCGGGCAUA